CAGUUCGAAGCGCCAGACCGGUAUCGCGUGUCGUGUCCUAGGGUUUUUUUUGGAUCCGUGAAUAUCUUGGUUUAAGGAUUGUUUUCCACGGUUUUGAACCCUACAUGAGGGUGGGUUACAGCGGUAGGGUGGCGAUGGAGGAGUGUGAGAUUGAGUGUGCCAGGAAAAAAUACAAAUAAUAUUCGCGUAUCAGUGAAAAUGUAGUUAAGGCGAGCGCUCUCCGGCAAGAUCCUUCCAUAUAUCCUUCGGUGAGAGGAAAUUCUAGCAGAUGUGAUAAGUGGCAAGUUGCGAAAAAUAUAUUAUUCUAACCGCGGAGAGGAAAUUUCUUUUUGUCGUUGGGGAGCCUGUCGAGGGAAAUUUUGCUUUCUGCUGUCUACGUGCGCGGAAAUUCGCUAACCCCAAGGAUAUACGUUUCCGCUGCUGGAAGUGAAUAAAAAGGAAAAAUAACGAAGCAACGGUUGGUGGUCUUGGAUGCUGUUGUGCACUGCGAAUGUUUUUUUUUAUCACGUACAAAGUUCUCCGAAAAUAGCAAGUGAUUAUAUUUUAUGGCCGUUUCAACCGAACAGACAAGUGAACCGGAAAUAUGAAUAAAUUCGCCGCGACAGUGACAGUGGCCAGUUGUGCAGAUUGGAAGCAACGAAACUGCCCCGCCGGUGUAGAAUUCCGAUGUCGACUACGAUGCUGCAAUUAAGGAAGGUCACAGAGUGAGUUGCCAGUUGGCGUGCAAUACGACAUUCCGAAAAGUGUGUGAUCUUCGUCCUCGUCUCACGGUACCGAUCGACGGUUGGUUUCGAUUUCCAAAAAUAAAAGUGCACACACUUCCGCACACGUGACCGUUUGCGUGGGUGGUUUGUUGGCGAAUCCCGGUGUGAAUUACCUGCAACCGGGAGAGUGUAUUUAUUUAAUUUAUUUAUUUGGAAUAAAAUUUAAUUUAUCAAUUUGCGCAACCAUGACCUCCACGACGAGGUCGAAGAUGAAGCCGGUGGUGAUGUACUUACUGGCGAUUAUGGUCGGAUUCAACGUGUUAACCGUUGCUGACUGCGCCAUGCUGAGCGGACUGGUGGCACCCAUAGAGGUGAUCGAGGAGUGGGGCUGCUAUGAUACCGAAAUCCGGCUCACGUGUGGCAACAUCGAGUCCCGGGUGGCGAUACUGGAAGCCAAAUUCACACCGCACUGCGCCGAGGACCGACCGGAGGAAUGUGUGCACCUUGACGAGAAUAGUGUGACGCACUCCUUUUCCUCGCAGCGGGUGGAUAAGCUCACCCUGGAGGAAAAGGAAGCCGGCCAGCGGUUCCUGCAAACGUUGCGGCGCAAUCACCGCGAACGCGAAAAAUCCCCCGACGAGAAUGCGCCAUCGAUUGGGGCGGUGGUUCACUCGCCCCCCGCCGGUGGCGGAUCUGCUGUGGCAGCACCGCCACCAGCAGCGCCGGUCAGCGCUCGAACGGUAAAGGACAAACGCAGCUCGAUGCGGGCCACAUUGGAACAUUUGAUAGUGCGGUACCUGCGGCGGAUCACCAGCAGCGGUGAGGACGAGGAAGACGAGGAAAACGGUGGCUACGAGAUGUCUUCGGUGCGCUACCGCCGACAGGUCGCAUCGACAGCCGAUGCCAUCGGUACGGCGACCACCGGCGGGUUAGGGUUAGGCGGUGACAACUCUACGGAAGUCGUUGGAAACGAGGGGCCGGAUAGUUCGGUGGAGAUUACAUUGCUUACCAAUGACAGCGAUAGCAGUGGAAAUGGUAGUGCUAUGAUGGGUAGUGAAUCCAGUGAAAUAACGCUGCCGUUCGCGACGUCAGCCGGUGGAACGGGGGGAGAUGUACCGGCAGUGGAAAGUGUCAAUGGGGGGUCAGUGAGCACUCCGGUGUCGAGUAUUUAUGAGAAGAGUUCUAAACUAGUGGAUGGCGAUGGGGAAAGUGCGGUUGGGAAGGUGUCACGCAAGCACAAAGCCAAGAAGAAGGAAUGCUCCAGCGUUCGCAAGCGGAUUGCCCAGUUGGAUCGAUUCGAGCUGGAAAAGUCGAUGCGGAACGAUUCCUUCCGGGAGUACAACAUUCGGAGCGCGCUUAACUACAGAUGUUCCGGCAAGAACCACUGUAGCUUUGUGUUCGCUCAGGAUCACCCGUUUGCCGUGGUGUGGAAGGAAGGCACAGUAAGGGUGAAAUACAUCUGCAUGGACGAUUUCCGCAUCAGCAAGUACUGCGAUGAGCACUUAAUUAUCGGCAACGAGGACCAAUGGGAACGGCGGUCCAACGGCGCACGGGACGUUUCCGGUGCCACAUCGAGCGAGGACGAGCGUAACGAGUUCCCAACGCAACAGCACCAGCAUCACGACGCCGGUGGAGGAGGCACCGCCCCAACGGAUGGUACCACCGGUAGAAGUUAUUACAAUGAUAACACUAACGAUCCGGUUGGCUUCGCCGAGGACCGGCGCCAACAGCGGAACUACUACGACGAUGCCGAUGACUAUGGCGACGGCGACGAUGAAAACUACGACGACGGGGAUGGCGGUGAUGCAGUACGGGCCGGUGAACCGAGGGCGGAAGCUUUGCAGCAGCAGCCGAUGGUUCACCAGAUGCAUUCGUUUCAUAAUUUGAAAAUUCUGAAAACUUUCCCCAGCGAGUCGGCACCGAUUAAUGAGUCGGAACAGCAGCGAAAGCAGGAGGCGGAAGCGGCGUACCGGAAGCGACAGAAGGUUUUCUCACAGGACUUUCGAAUACUCAAAAUCCUCCCCAGCGAUCUGGACGAAAUCGAGGACAUCAAGCAGGUCGGAAACGAGUACUUCUUCAAAAAGGACGUCGAAGUGACAGUCGACGACGCAGAAAAUGAGAUUAUCCCGGAGAUCGUCGAGGAAAAUCAACUUCCGUCCUCGAUAAACGAAUCCAACAACCAGUUCACGGAGACGCUAGACAUUGUAGUUCUUCCUCCGCCAACCAAAGACGCCGACGUGUACGAGAGUGUGCUGGACGGGGUCGUUUCCACUGCAUCCAGUGACACAACCAUCAACCUGGUGGAGCUACUGACUCCCACUAUGACGGCGAAAGUGUUAGGCACCACCAGCCAAUCGCAGGACGUUCUCAGCCGGCAAGUCCAUUCAACAGUAGGUGAAGUUGCGGCAACGGUUGCGAGUACCAGCUUAGGUUCCACUGUAGGAGAUGACACCUUGGAACGAUAUCCGAACGUAGACUUGAACGAAAUCGACGAAGAAGGCGCUCGGGUGAACAGAACCAGCAGCGCGGAGGACGUGUUUAGUUUCAAUAAUAGAACAUUCCGAAAAAUGCAGGAAGAAAUCCUGGAGGGUAUUAAUGAGGGGACGAACGGAGACGGUGGCGGUCCCUACCCAACGAGCUAUGACGAUGACGAUGAAGAUGACUUCGAGGACGAAGAUGACGACAGCGAUGACUUUGACGGAAGGGACCGAAAAGGUCACAAAAAAUAUAUCAGUAUUCAGCGGACGCUUCUGAAGCAUCCCCUGCGCCAGGGCUUCCUGAUGACGCCCGGCUAUCCCAAGUACUACAUCGGCGACAGUGUCUGCCGGUGGACGCUGUACGCCCAGCGGCAUCAAAAAAUUAAGUUAACUAUUCUAGAUUUAGCGCUGCGGUAUGACGAACCGUGUAGAGACUACGUUGAAAUUAGGGAUCUCGAUGCGAAUCAGACCCUGUAUAGCAGUUGUUCGGAGAGUACGCGACCGGUGGUGGUGGUCAGCGUACGGGAAAAAGUAGAGGUUAAUGUUAGAACCACCACAAAAGUGGCCUACCCGAAACGGGGCGUGCUGAUACACUAUUCAGCACUAGGCUGCGAAUUGCCGUCGCCGACUCCGCCGCACAUGACGCUGGUCCGUCGAAGCGAGCACCGAGCCAAGUACGUCUGUGAUCCCCUGUACGUGUUUCCCGACUCAGCUGAGCCCAGUCGGGAACUCGUCUGCACCGCGAAGCACACGUGGAACCGACCGUUGCCGGCCUGUGUAGAAAAACGCGCCACCGAAGGAAGUGGUCUUGUGUCCCAUUACGAGCAGAAGCGUAAAAUAAGUGAUUCUGAAACCAUGUCUGACAAGAAGGCAGACACCGUUUACGACAUCCUGAUUCCGUCGAUGGUAAUCGCUGCCCUAUUUAUUGUUAAUGGCAUCGUAUUCGCGGUCAUUAUGCGCUACAGAAACAAAAGAAAACAACGCCUUGAACUAGACAGUAAGGAAUUAGCAGAACUGUAAAGCCCCUCGUCACUUCCUCAAAUGUAAAAAGAUGCCGGAUAAAAAAUCUGCUGCAUGAGUAAAUACUCCAAACAAUGAUAAUGCAUGUACAGAAAUGAACACAAUGGAAGAGUCAUUAGAAAUGAAGAAUGAAAGCAAACCAUCUCCAUCGUCGUUGUCCUCGUUGUCGCCUGCACCACCAUCUCCCCUGAAUAUCAUCACCCCAUAGAUAUAGCUCUUAUUUUGGUCGGAAGUAAGAGAAAACUUUCGACAUCAUAUCAUCCGUCACGUGGUCUCCCCUCCAAUGGUAACGACCAAGUGCAGAACUACGUUUUUCUCUGUAUCUUCGUUGCAUAUGCAUGCACGUCGACAUCAAUCUUCAUGUUGGCUUGCACCUCGCAAAUAUCUGAACACGUGUGUCACACCCCUAAUGAACCUGCUACCGAACAACGAAGCCAUUCUCGCCGUCGCCGGCACCCCAUCCUUGCCCCAGCAAGGGCAAGGUCGUCAUCAUCUACCGCAGUACCAGUAGAAGAACCAUAUCAUCAAACCAUCUUCAUUAUCACGGCCACUGAAGCAUCGUCGUCAUCUCCUAGAGAUGAGGAACGCCAAUGCGCCAAGGCCGAAGGAAACUCAACAUUAUCAUCGCCACUCGGUAACUACUUGUAAGAGAAGGUAAGUCUAACCCACAGUUCAAUUAUUGGAAUACAGAUUCAAAAUGCGCUCAGUUUACAAGUGAACACAAGCUGGAUAUUUUGUCGCUUUAACGAGAAAAAAAUGGUGAAACAUCAUCGUAGUUCAAUAUAUAGCUUAUUAAAUUGGAAAUUACCAGAUUAGAAGAACAUUUGGGAUUGUAAAUUUGAAGAAUUAAUGACAGCUUUGACAGAUAUGAGAAGUCUUUGAUGAAGUCCGAGCAGUACAACACAAAUUCAUAUAUUACCAUGAAUCAAACGCUGAUUUUAAAUCUUACUCUGGCACUGGCUUUCUGUUAUUCGAUUUCAUCAGAUACUAAUUCUUUGCUCACAGAUGUCUUAAUUCUACAAAUAUUAAAUGUCCAAAAAGAAACUCUACACACUCACACGUAAACGAUAACUAUUUUGCACGUGUAAUAUUAUUAUAUACAAAAAAUCUCUUAUAUCGCAUUUCUAAAGUGAAAAAAUAAUGGUUAUCGUGAAUGAGACCAAAUAUAAAACGAACAAAAUAUUUAUAUUAAGCAAAUCUGCUGACGAAUUUUGAUAUCUUAUUUCCUCGAUAAUUUUUGGUCUCAAAAAUAUUUUCUUAAAUUUUUGCUUUACAUAAGAAACACCGGUCAAAAAAUCAAUCUAAAACCGCCACUUGGAUUGCAUCGAGUAAUGUAAUAUUUUCUGAAAUUUUAUAUACAUUCAAAAUCAAAUAUAAAAAAAAAUCGUAUAAAUCCAGAAGGAAACACAUUUGUUCGAUAGCCGAAUCUGAUGAAUUUUUCAAACUUUCUUCGACAAAUACAGAUUGAAAAAAAAAAUAAACAAACGCAUAUUAGAAAGCAAGCUGUAUCGCGUUUAAGAAAUACACGCAAACAUACACAAAAACAUAACAUAAGCCAAAGAUUAAAUGUUAAACGCGAGCCUAUAAUGCAAAUUCAGCCACCUGCUUUUACGAGAAGAAAAAGGGAUUGAAACGAGUUAAAAUUGAAAGAUAAAAUCAACAUGUGCUUUAAAAGAACAAAGAAAAUUUAAUCGCUAUAAACCAACAAAAAACAAAAUCGCUCUAGUAGAACACUAAGAAUAAAAACUAAACUAUGGAACUGAAGGGAAAAAGUAGGAAUUUGAACCUCCUGUGCGGGAUAUUGGUAGAUGAUGCUUGGCCAAUUGUGAAUUGUGAUCGAUACAGUUACACACACACAUACAGACAAACAAACAAACAACACAAACUGGUGAGAGUGUAGAUGCGCGAUGAACUGAGUUACUCAAAAUUCAAACUAUUUUCCCAAGUUGGGAAAGUCAUGCAAAAUGUGAAAAUCAAACCAAACCUGGAAUAAGUUAUGCAAGGUAAUACAAUUAUUUCGGGCAAUGUAUGAAGUUGUAGCCAGACGAAAUAAAAUUAGAAGAAAGUGUAGUCCGUAAUCUAAAAAAUAUUAUCAUUUUUUGGGUCGGUUCAUUGUUUUCGUGGCUUUCCAUAAAGUGAGAGUCCAACUAUUUUCUGUUUGUUUGAAACUCUGUUAUUUUCUUAAUUUUUUAAGGGAAUAUUUAUUUGCCGAAUUAAACAUUGUACUUCCACACCGAAAAUAAAAGUAAUAAAGUAACAUAAAAAAAUUAAAA